GCAAGUUCUGUGUCUCAUUUUUCUUGGCCAUCAUUUGAAGUUGCUCUACUAUCUAAUCUGCUUGUGAACCACCCAUCCUCUCCCCAUCUUAUCCUAUCUUUUCCAUACAAAUUUUCAUUUCCUUCCCUUCCUCAUAUUUGUAAUUCCCCCCACAUAAACAAGAAUCACAAGGCCACCAACAAACAGAAAAUAACUUAUAAUAUUUCUCUAACAAUCUUCUUCCAAUUUUCUUGAUUCUUCUUUAGGUAGUGGGUGAAGAUCAACAAUGGCAGCAGCCUCAGCUACACUAUCUUCAACAUUUGUUGCUGCCACAGUGGCAGGCCCCAGUAGGAGGAGAAGAAGCAUGAAAGUGAGUUACAUUACAGGGUUGAACUCAUUUGGUGGGCUAAAAGCACACAACAAGGUGGCCUCACUAGGCAUGCCAACAUGCACCGAGCAAAGUUUUGCAAAGAUUGUGAGCUCGCUGAGAGCUCCAGGAAAUGGCAAAGGAAGAAGAGGGGGUGCCUUCUCUUCAACAUGCAAUGCAGCUAGUGAGAUUUUCAGGAUUGCAGCCAUCAUGAAUGGCCUUGUGCUUAUUGGAGUUGCUGUGGGUUUUGUUCUUCUCCGAAUUGAAGCAUCCUUGGAAGAGGCUGAGUGAGAAUUGAAGAAAAAAUAAUUAGCUGGAUUUAUAUGUAAUUCUCGUAUGUCAAGCUUGUAUUUUUACAAAUUUCUUCAUUUGAUGUAGAACUUGUCAUAAGUUGAGUCUCAAUUAUUUUUGAAUCAAUGUAUUACACGUCGCACGUAAAUACAAGUAUUGGCUGACAAGUCGUGUACGUACACUGUUUAAAUAGUGGACAGAUAACCGUUGGUGAAUUGAAAUGACACUCCGGUUGCUAUUUUACCUUGA